AUGUCCCACGUCCCACCAACCGAGUCCAUUCCCAAACCAGAGGAACCUAAAGAACCACAACAGUCUCCUCAGCAACCUCAGUUCCAGCAAGUACCUCCGAAUUUCUACCAAUUUCCACCUCAAGGUUACUACCCACCACAAGGCUUCCCGAACUACCCUCCUCAGCCUAUGCCUUACUUCCCCAACCCUUGGAUGUUCCAGCAAGCUCCACCCCAGCAAUUCCAAUCUCAGUCCAAAUCGAAGAGAGACCAAGAGUUCGAAGAAG